AUGUAUUCUCUCGGCCAGAGUUCUAAAUUAAUAUCACGCAGAUUUUUGUGUAGCAGAUUUUCCGCAUUAUUGGAGGCCGCCACUCAUGUGAUUUCGAACAGCGCUGGACAUAAAUCGAGACCGUACUUUAUAUCUGUUGUUUGUGGUUUCCCAAAAGAUUUUCUGACGUCAAACUACAAACCGGGCAAAUAUGGUGAAGACUCAUGGUUCACAACUUCAACUCCCACCGCAGAUGUUUUGGGCGUUGCUGAUGGCGUUGGCGGUUGGCGUAUUUAUGGUGUUGAUUCUGGUGAAUUUUCAUCAUUUCUUAUGAAAACGUGCGAACGUUUAGUGCACUGUGUUGACUUCAAUCCCCAACGGCCUGUUAACCUGCUGUCCUUUAGUUAUUGCGAAUUGUUAGAACAAGAGAAACCAAUUAUAGGCAGCAGCACAGCUUGUGUGCUUGUACUCGAUCGCGAGAGUGGUACUGUUUAUACGGCAAACAUAGGAGAUAGCGGUUUUCUAGUAGUACGCAAAGGCCGAAUUGUUCAUAAAUCAGAAGAGCAGCAACAUUAUUUCAAUACGCCUUUUCAGCUGUCAAUGCCGCCGCCCGGUUGCCAUCACAGAGUGUUAAGCGACAGUCCCCACUCUGCAAAUACGCUAAGCUUUCCCGUCCUGGUUGGCGAUGUCAUUUUAGUCGCUACAGAUGGCGUUUUCGAUAAUAUUCCCGAAACAUUGCUGGUGGAAAUAUUAAAAGAAGUUGAAGGUGUUACUGAUCCUGUUAAAUUACAAAUGACUGCGAACUCGCUGGCGGCAAUAGCUCGCGCAUUGUCAUUUGAUAAGGACUUCAUGUCGCCGUUUGCAAUUAAUGCCAGACGCAAUAAUAUACAUGCCACGGGCGGUAAACCUGAUGAUAUAACUGUAGUACUCGCAACCGUAGCAGUGUAA